AUGAAAGCCCUGCAGAGGUCAUCUUCCAUUUGGUCGCGGUAUUCAUUCGUUCCCAUAGGAUUCCGGGAUGCUUCCCGACUGCGCUAUGUUCACCACUCCGUCUCCAACACCGCGGUAGCACAUCCGAUAAAUGUCCAUGGACCUCCUCCCAAAGCUCCAAUACCGUCUCCGGAGUUCACUGAGCGGAUUGAACGACGAAAAAAACAAUCAGCGUUAAUACGGCAGGAUAAGAAUGCUGGGGUGGCGAGAGGGGAUGGAAAAGCCGGUGUGCUACGGCGGAGGUUUUGGAAAGAUGUUCAUGUAACAGAAGUACCUGAAGGGUUCCAAGUCUCGUUAGAUUCUCGACCAAUACGCACACCCACCAAAAAUAUCCUCAUCAUUCCUCGCUCAAAACCGCACCUCGCACAUGCAAUCGCUCUGGAAUGGGAUCUGCUCGUAUCAGCACAGCAGGCGCUGAAGCAGCAUUUAAUUCCUCUCACAUCACUCGCCGCACGUGCAGAAGAUAUCGUCCAGCAGGAUUCUCGAGGCGAUGAUACUGCGCGAAAUGAGAUCAUUCGCACCCUAAUGAGGUACCUUGACACCGACACGCUGUUGAGCUGGGCGCCCGAGAACGAACCCCAUGAAGUCGCGCGGGAUACAUCAAAUGAGACGUCUGUAGAAUCACUACGGGAGGUGCAAAUACGCACGGCACAGCCUAUAAUUGCAUUCCUGUCCACGAAAGUUUGGCCGGGGGUUGAGAUCAAGCCUGUCCUAGAGGCUGACAGCAUCCUCCCAGUCUCACAGCCACAAACUACAAAGGAAGUGAUCCGCGGUUGGAUUGCUGGGCUGCCAGCUUACGAACUUGCGGGGCUAGAGAGAGCGGUCCUAGCGAGCAAGAGUCUGCUUGUUGCAGUCAGACUUGUUGUCGAGUGGAGUGAAUAUUUUCGGCACUUGCAGCCCGAUAGCGAGAGAAAUUUUGGGAUUGAAAAGGCUGCCGAGGUCUCGAGCCUGGAAGUCCGGUGGCAGACAGAGCAAUGGGGAGAAGUGGAGGAUACACACGACGUGGAGAAAGAGGAUUUAAGGAGGCAACUUGGGAGUGUCAUUCUUCUAGUCAGCGGGGAGCAAAGGCCGUAG